GAGACGCAGGAAUACAAAGGAUGAUCGCGAGCAAACUCUACGCAGGUUUCAGAGCUAUAAAUCUGACAGAACGGAAACUGUGAAAUCCAACACAGUGUCUACAAUGACAGACACCUGUCAUGAAAAUUCUUCAGUGAGAAAUCAAUACAACAAUCAGUAUAGCACCGAUAACCACCAGGUCAAUGUCGGUGGUGGCUAUUACAAUUUUGUUCCAAGCAUCAGUGAAACCCCAGCUAUGUUUAGUGGCCAUGAUAGCCCUAUGACUGAGAACACACAAAAGUACCAGGAACACCUUAACGAUGUUCCAGCAAGUAACAACACCGCUUUAGCUGUGAGGCCAGAAAAACUGAAAUAUGAUAAACACACUAAUU